CACGUGGCCGGCGGAGGCGCCCGUCGAGGGAGGCAGGCAGGCAGGCAGGCGCCCUCUCUCGGCGGCCGUGGCCAUGGCCCCGUGGCUGCGCUCGGCCGGGCUGGUGGGGGGCUCCACGCUGCUCUUCGGGGCGCUCCGCUGGGGGCUGGGCCGGUGCCCGUUGCCGGCUCACGUGCGCCGCGAAGCCAUCCGCACCUGGCGCUGGAGGAACCUGCUCGUCUCCUUCGCCCACUCCGUCGUGGCCGGGAUCUGGGCCGUGGCGGGGGUUUGGCAGAAUCCGGACGUCUUCUCGGAUAUCAUCAACAUCAGCCCGCCUUCGGGACCUCUGCUGCUAGCCUUUUCUUCAGGUUAUUUCAUCCAUGAUUCCCUUGACAUCAUCGUCUGCCGGCAGUCCCGGGCCUCUUGGGAGUACUUGGUUCACCAUUUAAUGGCCGUCACUGGUUUGUUCUCAGGGAUUUUGCUGAACCGCUUCGUCGGGGCUGGGCUGCUUGUGCUCUUCGUGGAGGUGAGCAACAUCUUCCUGACCAUCCGGAUGAUGAUACGGCUGGGCAACCUGCAGUUCCCCACCGUCUACAAGGUCAAUAAGUAUGUCAACUUGGUUGCGUACUUCGUCUUCCGCCUGGCGCCCCAGGCCUACCUAAGCUGGUACUUUGCACGGUACGUGGAGGUGCGCGGGCAGGGUGCCUUCCUGAUGGUCAACUUAGUGCUCCUCGACACCAUGAUCCUGAUGUACUUCUCGCGCCUGCUGCGCUCUGACUUCUGCCCCGGCACGCGGCAGCAGGGCCCCGACAGCGAGAAGAAGUUCCUCAUAGACUGAGCGUGCCCCAGAGGCAGCCCCCGACGUUGGAGGGGGAGACCACACAGGUCUGGCCUUGAACUCAAACUCUUAUUACCCAAGUGCCUUAACUUUCGUAGACUCUGUAUACACCGCGCUGUUCCUUAAGCCAUUUCCUUCCUUUUCGGCUGGGGGUGGGGGGUGGACAGGAAGAUCCAGCCUUAUGAAUCUGAGUCUCAGAUAAAACCUCCUGCCCUCUGGAAGGAACCAGACCAUCGACGCUGAUCUGAGCUCAGAAGGGAUCAAAGAAAGGAGAAAGAACCAAUCAUCUGUCUUUACUGUUGCAGGGGGUUACUCCACCCAUUAAAGUCUGUUUACACCCUGGA